AUGUCGAGUAGCGGCUCGGGCUCUUCCUCGCGGAAGGAGUUUGAUGUAAAGCAGAUCCUCAGGAUCCGAUGGAGGUGGUUCGGUCACCCUGCGGUGCCUCCGCCUCACUCUCCGCCGCUAGGAGACUACUUCGCCGGGAGGAGAGCGGGAGGCAACCCCGGAGACGGACCCUCAGUUAGCGGCUGUAGCAACUCCAAUCCCUCCGGUGUAAACCCCGGCGUGGGGAGUCACAGCGGUCUGGUGGCCAGCGGCAGCGCUGGGUCUAAUCUUUGUAACAGCGGCGGCAGAAAGUUUGCUGAUCCGGCGGGGAGUCGGACCGGUCCAGGAGGAGCAGCAGCUGGAGGGACGGGGAGCUCCUGUCCCCGCUCCUUCAGCCAGCCAGAGUGCAGGAGCUCUGCCGCGGCGCUGCCCUGGGUCUCCCCGCCGCCUCAUCGGCGCUCUCGCCCAGUUACAAACAUGGACCCUCCCGGUGAAGCCCCGGUGCCCCAGCUGGUGCCCGAGCCCCCCGUUCAUCCCGGGGCUGAGGAGGCGGCGUCGGCAGUGCCACCGGGCACCGAGGAGAGCAACCACCCGGAAACUGACUCCAGCUCAUGCAGGACAUCCAACAGCAGUGCCACAUUGUCCUCAUGUGUAUCGAUGGAGCCAUGUGUGUGUCCCGAGGAGUGCAUGUUCACCGCUCUGUCCCAUGCAGACAUCACCUUCCGCAAGAUGGAGGGCUACCUGAGGUCCCGGCAGCUGUGUGAUGUUACACUGGUGGCUGGAGACAGGCGGAUACCUGCACACCGACUGGUUCUCUCAUCCGUGUCAGACUACUUUGCGGCCAUGUUCACCAGUGAUGUGCGGGAGGCCAAGCAAGAUGAGGUGAAGAUGGAGGGGGUUGACCCGGAUGCGUUGUGGGUCCUGGUGCAGUACGCAUACACAGGCCGUCUCGAGUUGAGGGAGGACACCAUAGAGUCUCUCCUUUCAGCCUCUUGUCUGCUGCAGUUGUCGUCUGUGGUUCAGGCCUGCUGCUCCUUCCUCAUGAAGCAGCUCCACCCCUCCAACUGUCUUGGCAUCCGCUCCUACGCCGACGCUCAGGGCUGCCAUGACCUGCAGACGGCCGCUCACGCCUACACCAUGGAACACUUUCUGGAGGUGGUCGGAGGCCAGGAGUUCCUGCUGCUCCCAGUGGAGGAGAUGGAGAGGCUUCUCACUUCUGAUGACAUCAACGUGCCCGAUGAGGAAACCGUGGUAACCUCUUUGCUAACUUGGGUCCGUCAUGACGCCAACACCCGGCAACGCCACCUGCCUUUGCUGCUUGGUCACAUCCGGCUGCCACUACUACAGCCACAGUUCUUAGCAGAUCUGGAGACCAACCUACUUCUCCGGGACAGUGUGGAGUGUCAGCGACUGCUGAUGGAGGGGAUGAAGUAUCAUCUCCUGCCCCAGCGCCGGCCCCUGCUUCAGAGCCCACGCACCCGGCCACGCAAGGCCACUGUAGGGGCAAUGUUUGCUGUGGGUGGCAUGGAUGCCACGAAAGGUGCCACCAGUAUUGAGCAGUACUGUCUGCGUCAGGACACGUGGAGGCAGGUGGCCACCAUGAGCGGACGGAGACUUCAGUUUGGCGUAGCUGUCCUCGACGGCCGUCUCUAUGUGGUGGGAGGCCGAGAUGGACUCAAGACCCUCAACACUGUGGAGUGUUACAACCCCCACAGCAAGACUUGGAGCGUCAUGCCACCCAUGUCCACACACAGGCAUGGCUUAGGUGUGGCUGUCCUAGAGGGGCCCAUGUACGCAGUAGGAGGACAUGAUGGCUGGAGCUACCUCAGCACAGUAGAAAGGUGGGACCCUCAAGCUCGCCAGUGGAGUUUUGUUGCAAGUAUGGCAACACCCAGAAGCACUGUAGGAGUAGCUGUACUCAAUGGCAAGUUGUAUGCAGUCGGAGGUCGUGACGGCUCAUCCUGCCUGCGUUCAGUGGAGUGUUUCGACCCUCACACCAACAGGUGGAACGGAUGUGCUCCAAUGGCUAAACGUCGUGGGGGUGUGGGUGUAGCCACAUGGCACGGCUUCCUGUAUGCCAUCGGAGGUCAUGAUGCUCCAGCCUCAUCUUUGGCCUCUCGGCUAAGUGACUGUGUGGAGAGGUAUGAUCCUCAGACAGAUGUGUGGACGGCAGUAGCCCCCAUGAGUAUUAGCAGAGAUGCUGUUGGUGUUUGUCUCCUUGGCGACCGUCUCUAUGCUGUGGGCGGUUAUGAUGGUCAGGUGUAUCUCAGUACUGUGGAAGCUUAUGACCCUCAGACAAAUGAAUGGACACAGGUGGCACCUCUGUGUCUGGGCAGAGCAGGGGCGUGUGUGGUGGCCGUCAGACUGUGA